CUGGAGAAGAAUUAAAACCCACGAGUCCAAGUCAUUUCUUCCAUAAAACUGCAAAAGUAGAAGAAAGCCAAAAUUCUACUUCAUCUUCUGGAAAUAACCUUAAUAUGCACACUGCUGGCGAAGUAGGCUCUAGCUGGCUCUUUGGCAAACCAAUUAAAGAUGACUGUCCAGAUUUUGAGAAGCAGAUUCAAGAAGAAUUAAACACUAUCUUGCGUCUUCAAAAAGAUAACUUUUACUCAAGUUCAAGUAUCAAGGAAGAACGACAAACUAUCGAGUGUGAAAGUGAGCUUGACCCUGGUAAUUAUGACGACGUAGACAGUAAGGAAGAAAUGCAUUGCUCUUUUACAGAACAGAAAGUGGAUUUGAACUCUCUUAUGUACAUGAACAAUGAACCACAUGGUAGUUUGCACAAAAAAUAAAAUAAAAAUUCUUUUUAAUUAUUUAACUGCAUAACGCGCCUGCAGGCCCACGUCUGGGGGUGCACUACGCGCCUACAGGUAUUUGUAUUUUUCACGUUCCAUUCAAAACUC